AUGGUCAGCUUAAGACAAUGGAGGUAUAUGGCAUAUGCUGUUGGGUUAUUUGUAAUUUUCCAACCAUCCUACAUUCACCCUGAUGAAUUCUUUCAAUCAAUUGAGAUUCUGGUGGGUAGAUUCACGUCUGCUAAAGCAACAGUACCCUGGGAAUUUAAUGCACAAAAUGCGUCAAGAAGUUUCGCUCCGUUGUAUUUAUGGUACGGCCCCCUGUAUUUUGUCCUGUUAAAGAUUGUUCGCAUAAGAGAUCCCGCGGUCAUAAUAUUUGUCACGCGUUUGUACAACUACAUCUCGUAUAUUCUUGUCUCGAGUUGGGCCAUCACACUAAUCAAUAAUCAUGGGGAAGUUCAAAAAUCACUGCUGCUUAUUGCCACAUCAUACGUUACCUCGGUGUUUCAAAGUCACUCGUUUUCCAACUCACUGGAAACGUUGCUUUUGCUGGUGGUCCUAGCGCUCUUUGUUAAGGUACUGAGAUCCUUGCAAAGCAAUAAUUAUCAAAUCUCAGGUUUGAUUGGGAUUUUGAUAUCAAUUGGGUGUUUCAACAGGAUCACAUUUCCCGGUUUCAUUUUUUUGCCGUUUAUCAAAGUGCUCUUCCAAUUUUACCGAAGGAAUAUAAAGUCGCUUAUUGUUAUCUGUGGAUCGACACUAUGCAGUUCCUGCAUUUUCGUUCUUUUUGAUACAUAUCUAUAUCAGACACAGACCUUAACAUUUGCUCCUUUGAACAACCUUCUAUACAAUGUCAAGCUAUCCAAUCUGUCUGAACACGGCCUACAUCCAAGAUAUACGCAUCUGCUGGUCAACUUACCUCAGUUGUUAGGCCCUGCUGUAUUUUUGUUCCCCGUUUAUUACAGAAAAAUUGGUAGUAACAUCAAAAGUCUUCCUUCGUUGUCCGUUAUAUCUGGAUUGGUAACACUGUCACUAUUCCAACAUCAGGAGGCAAGGUUUUUGAUACCUAUAGUUCCUCUCGCACUGUUGCUAUGUAGCAAGGUUAAUCAAAAUAGAAAAGGUUUUCUGAUGGUCUGGCUGAUAUUCAACAUGGUGAUGGGUCUCAUAAUAGGCUGCUUCCACCAGGCCGGAAUUAUUAAAGUUCUGAACUACUAUUAUAGGGAGCAACAGACACGAAAUAAUUUUGGUGUUCAUAUAUGGUGGAAAACCUACAUGCCACCAACGUGGAUGUAUAUGUGUGACAAUUUGACAACAUCAACAACGAACAUUGUCAAUGGCACGGAGCUGCUUGACGAAAUUAAAUUCGAUAUUACAUCACAACAUGUGGUUGAUUUGAAGGGAGCGGACCUAGAAUUACUGGAUUCUGCGCUAACAAACUUCCUGCAACGUAAUGAUAGAGUAAACUUGAUUGCACCUGCAUCCGUUAAAACUAGGUUGAUGCGAUACCUGAAUGAAACCAGUUUCAAGGUGACGGAAGAUUACCAUACUUUUGACCAUCUAGAUUUGGAUCAUUUCGAUGUGGCAGACCUUACCACUUUCAUACCGGGUAUGUCUUCGUACACUGUUCAGAAUAUUCUGUAG